GUUUUCCGUAGCACAGUCUAGCUGACUGCCUCAAACUUGACGCACAGCUGUGGACCAAAGCGUCCAGCAUCCAGGAGGGUUUGACAGGAGGAGCUGAAGGAAGCUGAGCUGCAGCAUCUCAUACGGUGUUUCUUUAUUCUAGUGGAGUAGGAGUGUGUUGGCCACCAUGGGGGAACUGUUCAGGAGUGAGGAAAUGACCCUAGCCCAGCUCUUUCUCCAGUCAGAGGCAGCCUACUGCUGUGUCAGUGAGCUGGGAGAACUAGGCAUGGUCCAGUUUCGAGAUUUGAAUCCAGAUGUAAAUGUGUUCCAGCGCAAGUUUGUAAAUGAAGUGAGAAGAUGUGAGGAGAUGGACCGCAAACUGAGGUUUGUUGAGAAGGAGAUCAAAAAGGCCAGCAUCCCAACAGUGGACACUGGAGAGAAUCCUGAAGUACCUUUUCCCAGAGACAUGAUUGACCUAGAGGCCACUUUUGAGAAGUUGGAAAAUGAACUGAAAGAGAUCAACACCAACCAGGAAGCACUAAAGAAGAACUUCCUGGAGCUGACGGAGCUCAAACACAUUCUACAUCGAACACAACAGUUCUUUGAUGAGAUGGAGGAUCCUAACCUGUUGGAGGAGUCCUCAGCUCUGAUGGAGGGCAGUGAAGGGGGGCGAGGAGCCCCACUCAGACUCGGGUUUGUUGCUGGAGUCAUCAGCAGAGAGAGGAUACCGACCUUUGAGAGGAUGCUGUGGAGGGUGUGUCGUGGUAAUGUCUUCUUGAGGAAGGCAGAGAUUGAGGACCCCUUGGAGGACCCUGCCACGGGCGAUCAAGUCCACAAGUCAGUGUUCAUCAUCUUCUUCCAGGGCGACCAGUUGAAGAACAGGGUGAAGAAGAUCUGUGAGGGGUUCCGUGCCUCUCUCUACCCAUGUCCAGAGACCCCUCAGGAGAGGAAGGAGAUGCUGGCUGGAGUCAACAGCCGCAUUGAUGACCUCCAGAUGGUGCUGAACCAAACAGAGGACCACCGUCAACGAGUGUUACAAGCUGCCUCAAAGACUAUGCGAGUGUGGUUCAUCAAGGUGAGGAAGAUGAAGGCCAUCUACCAUACACUCAACCUUUGCAACAUCGAUGUCACCCAGAAAUGUCUGAUUGCCGAGGUGUGGUGCCCUGUCUCAGACCUGGACUCAAUUCAGUUUGCUCUGCGCAGAGGAACGGAGAGGAGCGGCUCGACAGUGCCCUCCAUCCUUAACAGGAUGCAGACCAAGCAAACUCCACCUACUUUCAACAAGACCAACAAGUUCACAUCAGGCUUCCAGAACAUUGUUGACGCCUACGGCAUCGGGAACUACAGGGAAAUCAAUCCAGCUCCCUACACCAUCAUCACCUUCCCCUUUCUGUUUGCGGUGAUGUUUGGUGAUAUGGGUCAUGGCUUGUUGAUGACCUGUGCUGCUCUUUACCUGGUCAUCCGAGAGAGUCGUAUCCUCUCCCAGAAGAGUGACAAUGAGAUGUUCAACAUGAUUUUUGCUGGUCGCUACAUCAUUCUUCUGAUGGGCAUCUUCUCCAUUUACACUGGCAUAAUUUAUAAUGAUUGCUUCUCCAAGUCACUCAACAUGUUUGGGUCUGGUUGGAGUGUGAGGCCCAUGUUUGGACGCAAAGGAGCAAACUGGACGUUUGAGACACUUGAUGGAAAUGCUGUUCUACAGUUAGACCCUGCCAUUCCUGGUGUGUUCGGUGGGCCUUAUCCAAUCGGAAUUGACCCGAUCUGGAAUGUUGCCACCAACAAGCUGACUUUCCUCAACUCAUUCAAGAUGAAGAUGUCAGUGAUCCUAGGUGUCAUCCACAUGCUUUUUGGAGUGUCUCUCAGUCUCUUCAAUCACUUGUACUUCAAGAAGCCACUGAAUAUCUUCUUGGGCUUCAUCCCAGAGAUUGUCUUCAUGUCAAGCCUGUUUGGCUACCUCGUGCUGCUAGUCUUCUACAAGUGGACAGCCUAUGAUGCCUCCACCUCCAAGGAUGCUCCCAGUCUGCUCAUUCACUUCAUCAACAUGUGUCUUUUCAACUACAACGACCCCACCAACAAACCCCUCUACAGGGGACAGAUCGGGAUCCAGGUUUUGUUGGUGCUGAUUGCCCUUGCAUGUGUUCCCUGUAUGCUGAUUGUGAAAACUAUGGUGCUUCGGCGUCAGCACCUGUGGAAAAAGCACCUGUCCCAGAAGAGGGAAGAAACCCCAGCAGAGAAUCUAGAGCAGUCUUUAGAGCAAACAGGCGUGUCCUCAUCAUGCACCGGACUCACCCAACAGGGCACGCAGAAGUUCGGAGGGGUGCGGGUGGGCAAUGGACCCACGGAGGACGAGGCUGGCAUCAUGGACCACGACCAGCUCUCCCAGCACUCAGAGGAGGGAGAUGAGCACACAGAGGAAGAGCCGUUUGAUUUUGGUGACGUAGCUGUCCAUCAGGCCAUCCACACCAUAGAGUACUGUCUUGGGUGCAUCUCUAACACAGCCUCCUACCUGCGCCUCUGGGCCCUCAGCUUGGCCCAUGCACAGCUGUCAGAGGUGCUUUGGUCCAUGGUAAUGCACCUGGGUCUAUCUUCCCGGAGUGGGGGUGGAUUCUUCGGCCUGUCCAUCAUCUUCUCGGCCUUCGCUACUCUCACAGUUGCUAUCCUCCUCGUCAUGGAGGGGCUGUCAGCCUUCCUGCAUGCCCUGCGACUACACUGGGUGGAGUUCCAGAACAAGUUCUACUCGGGCCAGGGCUUUAAGUUUGUCCCCUUCUCCUUCGAGAGCAUCCUUGAUGGACGUUUUGACGACUGAUCAGCUUUAUGUUGGCCGGCAUGAAUCAAGAAUCCCCGUCAUCACCUCCCUGACUCUGUGUAUGUGUUUGUGUGAGUGUGCAUGAGCCCCAGUACAACCCUCUGUCACCCUCUAGUGUUUAAUGGUGUAUGACCUAUAAUGUAGUCAAUGUAAAAGGGUUUUCCAGUGUACAAGUUUCAAGCUGUACCCUCCCAGUUGGCCACAAACCCACUAGACCUGAUAAACAAAUUAUCAAUCAAAAUCAAAUAAAUGUUGCACUUUAGUAACAUUUAUUCUAUAAUUAUGUAGUCAUUCACUUAAUAAUCUUUAAGGAAAAUGAACAGUAUAUUGUAAAGUGAACUAAAUCAAGCAAAUAGCUUAAUCAUAAGCUUAUUGUUGUCAGGCGGCCUUUAAACAUCUCUCUGCACACAGAAUGUCUCUUCCUGACAUCCGUCUCCUCAUAGGUUAGUUGUGACUCUUUAUGACACAUAAAAUGCUGUUUCUUCUAGUCUCUCCAGUAAAUUGAAAUUUAUGUCACAGUUGGUUUGUUAGGACUGAUUUUUCAUUCUAAGGAGCACUCUAUAAAAACAGAACCUGCUAACUGCACCACAACUGGAAGAUGACCUAGACACAAAUUGUUAAACAUAAAUUACUUCAGUCUUACAGGCACCAUCAGUAAGUGCUCAGCUUCUUGCAGUGUUCCACUGGAAAAACCUUUUAAGAUUGAUAUUGCUCAUGAAAUAUUCCCAAAUCCUAGUGUCAGUGUUCUGCAUUACACAUUCAUCUAAAAGGGUGAGUCAGUAACAUUUGACUGCAGUUAUAUUUCAUGGUAUAGAUAAGAAUUAAAAUAUACAUUUGGUUUAAAUGGGUGUAUUGAUUUGUUUUUUGACGACCAUGAGUGAAUCAGUGUUACAGUGUGUUGAGAAGGUCUCUGAGGAGGUGCAGGCCUGAUCUGGUGUUCUCUCUUGCUGUGAUCUGGAAUUUCCGUGUGCUCAUUCUAUGUGAUGUUUUGUAAACCAGUAAAAUAAGUGAACAGACGUAUUCAGCCUGAAAUGUUCAAAGGUUCAUUGUGCGAUCGAUAUCAGUUGCUUUGUCCCACAUAUGAAAGAGCUGUGUUGACACAUUUUUAGUGCAUUUGUGUUUUAAUGUAUCUUACCUUGGAUUUUGAGUUUUAUCACUGGUGAUUCUUGUGUUUGUUAUCCUUCAUGAAAACAUAUUUUUAAGUGGUUACUUUUUCAUAUUUGCAUUUUCAUGGAAAAAGGGAGAGACACUUUACAGCAAACAUGCAAAUGAUGCUGGACAGUGACUGGUAACAUGUAAGAUGAUGUGUUGUGGUCAGUAAUAAACAUAAACCUGGGGAUUCGAA